AUGGGGGGAAAUGGAGUGGAAAGGAAAGCAGUGGGUGGGGAUGGGCGCGGCGUCUGUGGGGCCGGGGUCUGGCGUGGGGCCGCAGAGCAAACCGGAAGUUUGUGCCUCCAGAGUAUAAUGGCAAACCACCUCGUAAAACCUGAUUCUAGAAACUGCAAGAGGUCGAGAGAAUUGGAGCCUCAGGUGUCAGAUAGUCCACAGGUACCCUCACUUGGAAAAUUGGAUUCUUCUUUCUCUGAAAGUUCUGGACUCCUUUAUAAAGAGGAAGCCCUGGAGAAAGAUUUGAGUGAUAUGAGCAAGGAAAUUAAUCUGAUGUUGUCUACAUAUGCAAAGAUUUUAAGUGAGAGAGCAGCCGUAGAUGCGUCUUACAUUGAUGAACUAGAGAGACUCUUCAGAGAAGCCAAUAUUAUUGAAAAUUUUCUGAUCCAAAAAAGAGAGUUCCUGAAGCAGAGGUUUGCAAUGAUUACCAACACGCUGCAAAAGUAA